UUUCGAUCCGUGCAAGAGUGUUGUAUGCCUCGGUGCCGAACCAGGCCGAUUUUGAGGUGACGUUCCCACCGGUAGUGGCGUCGAGUUACGUGAACGCGUCGAUAAGGGGGGUCCUUUUUGUGGGUGGCGCCCUGUUUCGCAAAGGCGUCGUCGGUGUCAUCGUUAUCACGCUUCUCUUAGUGAGGAAUGGAUUUGGAGGUGAUAAGGCUAUUUGUUGGGUGGUUUUGCGGGGUGGGGUGGUAUCCAAUACUUGGGGUAGAAUGUUUCCCUAUUUGUUGAAGGAUUAUCAGCUGGUUUGUGGUGGAGAAUAGAAGUGGCUCCUGUUCUGUGUUAUGUAAAUCGAGUUGGUAAUUUGUAUACAGUAUUUACCGAGGGAUGUGUGACCAUGCCUCAAAAGUAGCCAAAGUUUUGGGCACUAGCAGUGAACCCUCACAUACAUCCGAACCAUUCAAACUCCAAUUUAAUUAAAACUACCACGCAAAGGAAAAGUUUGAGUUCGACCCGUCGAAAAGCACCCAAACUUGCCCAAGCAUCCAGAGAGAAGUACGUGCUCUUCCGAGGUGUGCAAAAUCGACAGGACGCGAUAUUUCAAUUGCGAAGCAAAAGUUUUGCUGGAUCCUUUAGGGGAGUGGGCGAGCAUCGUUUAAAGUAGUUACCCCCCACUAGUGAAAUCGUGUGGUGGAAGCAGCAGUCAGAAAUUGGCACAGUGGUGCAAUGAGAUACGUGACGAUAGUUCGGAAAGAAAAACGGUGAAUUCGAAAACACGGGAAUGUGAGAGAUUCUUCUGGUUUCGUGAUACAGAAGCGUAAGAUGUGAAAUUGGGGCAGUAAAAGUUGAAACGAUUAUCCUCCUCGAACGGAUGAGGACAUCAUCCAAGCAGCAAUGUGAGUGAAUGUGUGAAGAGUAGUGCAAAACAACCAAACAAGUUCAAGUGACGGUGUUUUUCUUUCUUCCUUCCUAUCGUCCUGUGAGUGAAUAUCAGAGAAGCUUUCAUCUGAACGUGAAUUCUUCCGACAAAUUCAACAUCUGCAGGCUUUAUUCUCAGUGACAGUGAAACCUUGAAAAUGGAUUAGGCUGAGCAGAAAUUUAAUCAAAUUAAAGAGCCUUUCGAACGCUAACGAAACCCAAUUUGGGAAAGGUUGUUUUAUCAGUUGGACUACAGUAGGAUCGAUUCCACAGAAAAUAAGAUAAAGACCUCUUCAAAAACCAACUUGAAUAUCCAAUCAAAGUGAAUUGGAUUUUCCUCCCAGGCCCACAUCAAUCACGCACCCUAAAGACUCUUUCGAGAGGAAAAGUUUCCGCUUCCGAAUGGUUCUUCGUAAGCGUGCCGCCAUAAACAGAGCCCCACUGGUGGAAGUGGGAUGAUUCCGUUGCUGAAACUUGAAAGAACCCAAAAUGAAGUGGAAAAAGCAAUUUUGGCUGCUUUUGAUUUGACUUGAACGCACAACAACUCCGCCGGCCGGGUUUUCAGUCAUGUUUCGGGGGAAAAAUUGUUCCGGUAGGCACAUUUACGCAAACAUUGGCUCCAAAUGUGGCAAAUAAAUGGCGCUGAAUUUUAUUAUUGAUCAUAGAAGACAUAGUGUACAUGCACCAUGGAUCUAGGUUAGGCCAACAGUUUUAGCUGACUCGGAAAAAUCCCUCUCUGUCAAACCACACAACUUUUUCCCUGUUAACUAAUCCGGCUUGUUGGAGCACCACCCCCACAGCGAUAUUUGAAGAUUAAAUUCAGCGUGCGAAGAAAAAGUGACAAAAAGUGAAGUUGUUAACAACCGGUUGUCGGCGACGCGUAUAUGUAACGACUGCCGCACGUUGAGUGGUUCGUGUUUUUUUUCGCCGGAAAUCGAUUUCCAACAAAGUUUUCGCGAACGUGUGGUAAUGUAAGGGGAGGGGGUGGGUAACAAGUGUAUUUUUCUCCGAAAUAAAAAAAAGAAAUGUUAACGCAAGGAUAAAUACCAAUUGCGUAGCAACGUGCCAGAAUUACUCGGUGAACGGCAGCAUUUCGUGGGAAAAAGCCAUCAUUAAUCGGGAAAGAAAGAAGAAAAAGCGAGUGUACAGAGAUGUCGAGGCACCACUUGUGAGAAUAAGUUGUCACACAGUGCGCGGUGAAUGUGUCUGUGAAAACGUGCUUGGUGUUACCUAGUCUGCAGCUGAGAAGAUCCAAGCGGUCGAUACGAUGGUGCUUCGGAAAAGUCCCACCAGCUACGGUGGUGGAGGCUUAUGGAUGCUGUUGGGAUUCCUACUGCUGGUGCGAACAGAACUCACCUGUGGCAACAAUAGGGUUGACGAUUAUCAGAGUCAAAAAGGCGAACUCGUCGGAGCAUCACGAAAAUUUCGCACCGACUUCCUCCAGGAGUGGCCAACGCCGGGAACUGGGCCUUACUUCGACACCGCUUCGAUUCCCUCCAACAUCACCGGGCUCGUCGGCAAGACGGUGCUCUUGAUCUGCAAAGUCAAAAAUCUGGGAAACAGAACGGUCUCCUGGGUGCGUCAUAGAGACAUCCACCUGCUGACGGUCGGCCGGUACACGUACACCUCGGAUCAACGCUUCGAAGCCAUGCACUCGCCGCACACAGAGGAGUGGACCCUGCGGAUACGAUAUGCCCAGCGCAAGGAUUCCGGUAUCUACGAGUGUCAAAUCUCCACCACCCCUCCCAUUGGGCACUUUGUCUAUCUGACGGUAGUAGAACCAGUGACAGAGAUUAAUGGCGGGCCUGAUUUAUUUAUCAAUAAAGGCUCGACGAUAAAUCUCACCUGCAUAGUGAAGUACGCUCCGGAGCCACCGCCAGCCGUGAUCUGGAAGCACAAUCGAGACGACAUCAACUUUGAUUCGCCCCGAGGCGGCAUCUCGCUGGUGACGGAGAAAGGCGUCCUGACCAGCAGCCGAUUGCUGGUACAGAAAGCGAUAGCCAGCGAUUCCGGGCUGUACACUUGUGAACCCUCCAAUGCCAAUCCGGCCUCGGUCCGGGUGCACAUACUGAAUGGAGAACACCCAGCGGCGAUGCAUCACGGUAUGUCUACCAUCCUGGCCGGUCCGAGCUUAGUAGCAUUCGUGCUGUCCUGCCUACUUCUGUACUACCAUCACAGCAUCCGGUGGAAGUACCCGCUAACGUAGUAAGAUCUUCUCCAUUACUCUCAGCCGCCAUCGCCGCCUCUCGGGCCUAUCCGAGCAGCGAACAGCAAAAACAGCCAGAACAGCACAGCAGAAAUAGAUAUCUUUUACUCGUCACCACUAUCUAUCGGUCUCACCCACACACAUUCACACUAUCACAGUCAUCGUAUAUCUCCGGAACCGGAAACUCGUCCCGCAGCACCAUUAACCCCUGGAGGUCCCCCUUUUGUACAGGCACAAACUACUUGAACUACUAAGAACGGAGUAUAUAUGGGAUGGAAGAAAAUAUUUGCGUGCUUGAGAGGUAGAGAGCGUGCGAAUUCUGAAACGGAACAAGUCCGUUGAGUCGUGUCAAAAACUAAAGCACAUUACGGAAAACAGUUGUCUAAGUCGGGAAAUUUAGGUUAAAUAUAUGAAGAGAGGUUUUUUUU